CCUCAAAUAGUGAUGGAAUCAGGCAAGGCGGGUUCGACGGCAACUAAUAGUGGGGAAGCGGAGAAAUCUCUCAAGGAUAAAGGCAACGAGUUCUUCAAAGCUGGGAACUACCUUAAAGCCGCAGCUCUCUAUACUCAAGCCAUCAAGCUCGAUCCUUCUAACGCUACUCUUUACAGUAACCGGGCUGCUGCAUUUUUGAAUCUAGUUAAGCUUAGCAAAGCCUUAGCUGAUGCAGAGACAACCAUCAAACUCAACCCACAAUGGGAGAAGGGAUACUUCAGGAAAGGUUCUGUGCUUGAAGCCAUGGAAAAAUAUGAAGAUGCCUUGGCUGCAUUUGAAACGGCUCUACAGUACAACCCACGGAGCGCAGAAGUUUCUAGAAAGAUCAAGAGGCUCGCUCAGUUGCAGAAGGAGAAACAGAGAGCUCAAGAACUCGAGAAUUUGAGAUCUAAUGUCAACGUGGCCAAACAUCUUGAAAGCUUUAAGUCUGAAAUGUCUGCAAACUAUGGAACCGAAGAGUGUUGGAAAGAGAUGUUUUCUUUUCUUGUUGAGACUAUGGAAACAGCUGUGAAGUCGUGGCACGAGACAUCUAGAGUUGACACUAGAGUCUAUUUCCUUCUUGACAAAGAGAAAACACAAACGGAUAAGUACGCACCAGCAGUCAACAUUGAUAAGGCUUUUGAGUCACCAGACACACACAGUAACUGCUUUACAUAUCUGAGGCAAUACGCAGAAGAGUCGUCUUCCAAAGCUGCUUGCUUGGUAUCAUCAAAGAGUAAUAUAUCCUACCCACAGGUGUGGAAAGGUCAAGGCUCAAGGAAGUGGAAACUCGGGCAGAACGAUGGAAUCUUUGUUCAGUUUGAAUCACCUUCUCUUCGAAAUGUUUGGUUCAUUCCUAGCUCGAAAGAAAAGGAGCAAACUUUAUGCAGGGAUCCGCAAGCUCUAGAUAUCGGCGUACAUGAGAUUCUCCCUCGCAUUUUCAAGGAAGUAUCGAAGAGCUCAUAG